GGCGAUGAAGUUAUCUUAUUACCUACAAAAUGAAACGAAUAACACCAACAGAAUAUGAAAAAUACACUUACCUUCCAUACGUCAGGCUCUGAUAAUAAAGCGAUCAAACAAAUGUCUAUUUAUGAAAUUGCUUGUUUCCACUUGUGUAAGGGGUGAUAUUACGACUCAUAAUUAUAGGUGUUUGAAGGGUUGCUACCAAUUUCUUUGUGGUAUUCCAGACCGCCUGUGGAUGAUCCAAAUUCAUCUGCAACGCUACGUGUUUCUAAAGGAUCUAAAAGCUAGAAAAAAUCGAUAUGCAGGACACCUGGAAUAUUUUCCUUCCUUCCAGUAUGUCUGACUAUAUUUAUUUCGAUCGAAUAAACGUUCUUUAUGGAGAUUAGACCUAUUAAAUGAAGAAAAAUGUUCCCUAGUUGUGUGUUAAAAACGAUACGAAACGGUGUGUGUCAAAGAAGCUUGAAUUACCGUUAAUCUUCAUCUUGAAGUGUGCCCCGAGUUAUUAUACUGUGCAAAAAGUCGCUGAGCCCCUCCCAUUGCCUUGUACUUCGUCCAGGUACAAAAGUUUGUGGAGUUACAUCUCUGUGAAAGACCGAUGGGCAUAUUACUGAAAAAGAUACCUAGCUGGAGAUAGAUGCUAUGGAGAGUUGUGUUUUUGAUUGAUUGACCAAUAUCGCUUAAGCUACUUCCUUUGGAGUCUAAUUAUUCUGAAAAGGGAUAUAUCUGAGCUGAUAGCCACCUGUAAGCAUAUCCAAAGCAAUGGUUUGACAGCUGCAUAUGGUGAUGCCAGUUUUCACGAGCCUUUUUACUAUUCUGGGAAACCUAUUUCUAUUGAGUAGAAGUGCUCUAUGUGGUUUUGCGUGCUUAUGUUUUUUAAUUUACCAGGUGUCUGUAUAUCAUAUUUUCCAAUUUCACUGCAUUUUCGUCAAAUUCUGCGUUAGUUUUCCUUUCAGCCCUCCGAAAAUUAACUUCUUAUCGAGAUUUAUCAAUUAACGGUGUUCUUUCCUUUCAUUUCUAUGUAAUUCGGAGCGAUGGCGUGUUAACCCAUGCAAAGGAUUUUCCUCUUAAAUGAAUAAUCAAAAACAAAGAUAAUGUCGAUUUUCACAAAAUUAAUCUGCAUUGAAUCUGUUAUUUGAGUCUGCUUUAUUUUAUUACCUCUAAUUGUUUUUAAUACCGGUAUUACAUUCUUUACAAUUUAAUACCUUUGUAUCGCUGGAGCUAUAGGACCACUCCAAACGGCAUUUCAUAUUCUUUCCGAUUAAUUUGAAUAUUUUCACCUUAUUCUUUAUGCCUUUCAGUAACCCUUGACAGAAAAUAAAUUAAAGGCUCUUUCAGCAAUGUGAUUCUCCAUUCAAGAGGUUUUUGAUUUCUUUGUAUUGAUGAGAAUGUUCUCACCUUUUUAUUAUUAUUUCUUUAGACGGUGCUUCUAUUAGUUAUUUUCAUAUCUUUUCUUUUGAAAUGGCCCUUUUAAGGCAUUUGAAGAUAAAUCUUGGUGGUGGAUGUGAGCUUUUGUUCAAUAACCGUUCCGAGAUACUUCUGGAGGACAGCGUACCAGAGGGUGCGUCAUUGAAGGAACUCGUACAGUACUUAAAAACCCAUUGCCUGGCAGAACGACCGGAUCUUUUUGUAAACUCAACUGGUAUGUCUGUUCGUCCUGGAAUUUUGGUUCUUGUGGAUGGCUGUGAUGCGGAGAUAAUGGGCGGCAUGGAUUACAUUCUUGAGGAAGGCAAUACAGUCGAUUUUAUUUCUACUCUCCAUGGAGGAUAACUGCAGAUAUUGAGCUAAUGAUUGUCAUGUGAUAUUUUCCCAUUCGCUUUUUUUUCUUUACCAACUACAUGUGUUUUGCGUUUAUUAUUAUAUAGCUUAUUCGGGGUUGUGUAACCAAAACAUUCGAGAUGUAGUGAAUAAUUUCUUAUUCCAUCACCACUUCAAUGGGGCGGAGCUAACUUCCUGUUGUCUAAGGCCCCCAAUGCGUUUGUAAUAAUUAUAUAUAUAUAUAUAUAUAUAUAUAUCAACGGUUCAUUUUGUUACACUUACAACAUUGUAUGCGACCAAUAAUCAUGCGACACAGAAUACAAACGAGUACAUUUUCCAAGGGUAUGCACAAGUCUAUCUUUUAAUAAGUUGGUAAUGGUUAUGAUAUAUCCUAAUUGAUUCAAAGACCGAAGGAAUUUGAGAGGCAAGGAAAAGCUUGAUAUAAUACUCAAGCCUGCAACAGAAAUCUUUUAAUUUAUCUCAGGGAAGGUUGUUUUGUGUCUAAAAAGGUACCUCUCUGCUCACCAUACAUCUUACUUAAAUGCACCUGAGGAAGAUCAAAGGGAUAAUUAUUAACUCAAAUAAAGUGUCUAAUUGAUAUUUCCCUUUGGAUUGGUCACAAUAGCCUAGUAUAUGUGCUUACAUUGGGGAGUAGUUGACAAUACAAUCUAACGUGGAUAUUUUUCCAUAUAUAUAUAUAAUGUGUGUCAAAGUUUAUUGUUUUUACAUUUACACACAUUUUUGCAUUGCGUGAUCCGAAAACACCAAAAUAGACUUAGGUGACUAGAAGAUAAUGCUUUCCUGUACACUACUUCUGUUGGGCCGUGGUCAGUACAAAACACGGCUGAAGAAGCGUAUGGUUGGGUUCAUUCCCAAAGUCAUACCUCGUAAGAUUCGAAACAACACUAUCGCCUUUCGAAGUGAGGCUAACACAGGUCAUAUAGAGGGGCAUAUCAAGACGGAAAGCGAGCGGAUGGAUAUGACUGGUCGUAAGAUUCAAAAGGUCAUGUGGGACCCUGUUCUCCAAAGAUACAUGCUCUUCAAGGAAAGCAAGCUAAGAGGUCCCUUUAUGACCAAGGCGUGCAUUGUCCGUAAUUUUAAUUUUCCCACUAACGCCAAGGAUCAAUUAGGAUCAAAUGAAAAGAAAAAAGUGUAA